AUGGCGGGUGGUCCAAAGAUGGGGCAUAAGAUUUCGCGCGGCUCAGAUCGUGGAUCAGAGCUGGGCCGAGCCGAGUCGGACAGGGCCCUAGUUGGCGUGUGGGGGCCUGCCGCCGUGACUGUUAAUCGACGUGGGCGACUGAGUCAUGAGGCGGAGGGGAAGGCUGACGCGACAAAUGCCCAGUUGACGCGACCCAAGCCCGCGACACCACCUCUUCCAGCAUUCAAGCCGCCAGCACUGCCUCCAAGACAGGCAGGCGAGUCCUCUCGCAGAGCCACUUGUCGUGGCUGGUGGGCUGGCCGGCCGGCCUGUCGACUCUGGCUGGCCACGUGCCCGCCACGCUGA